CUGGAGGCGGGGCCUGCCGCUCGCGAAAGAGCUGUCCCGGGUGUCCCUAGCUGCGCACUUGGGCUCCUCCAGAAGGUGGUCGUGUCUUGGGGCCGGAAGGUCGAACUUUGGGACGCUGUUGCCAGAAAUCUUCCUAAACGACGGUCCUAAGGUAGCGCGGGCGAGAACGCCGGUGCUGUGAAGCGGCCCGAGCCGCCUGGCGGCUUCGGUAGAACCAAGCCAAGCAGGGGCUCCGGCUGGCCCGUGGCAGGCACCCUUAGGGGCUCCUGCACUGAGUCUUCGUGAAGGGCAGGAUUUGCUUUUUUGCUUUCUGCCAGCCACGCCGUUGGGCUCUGUCCGAACCGUUCCAGUGUCUUUGCGCCUGCUGUCUCAGAACAGCUCUGAACAUGCUGCCCCUGGGAACAAUGACAAUUGCUUGACUCCAAACCUGGAGGAUAAGAACUAAGGCUGUUUAAUGACAGUUGAACCUGGGGUGAGAAGAGCUGCUUCCAAACAUAGCAUGGAGAAGUCUCCCGUGGAGCGUUCCUUUGCUCCGAACGCCUCUGAAUCCGUUGGGACCAGUCUAUUCUUGAUGCCUCUGAAAAAUCAGUCAGGCCUGUCUUCCCUUUGAAGGGAAAUGUCUGAUCUCCAAACACUGGCUUUAAAGCUCUUCUCUUUUUCUGUCUUUGCUACCUACCCCAGCUUCUUGAUUCCUUUUCUUCUUCCUUUUUAAAAAACUUACAAGCUGGGCACCUUCUGGUACAUGAUGUGCAAGGCCAUCAUGAACUUGUGGACACAGUAUUGAAAAACAAAUUCCCCAAAUCAGAAGAUGUGAUGCCUCCCCCCCCACCCCCCCACCCCCCGCCUCGGGGGCGUGGGGACUGUAAGUUAUGGAUGGAAAGUCAUCACUUAUCCAGAGUGGGCUGGAUUGCAUCAGUGUCUCCAGCUGACUCACCUUGCUGCUUAAUUCUGAGCUUGUGGGGGCCUCCAAUGAGGAGGCUGAGGAACCAGUCUGGGAGAGGGAUGACGGCAGCUUGGACCAGGAUGGUGGCAGUGAGGUGGAGACAGCAGGUGGAUGAGAUCCUGGGGGACCAGCCAACCGCCAAGGAACGGGUGUUCGCUGCCCUGAAGCAGUUUGCGGCACAGCAGCGAGUUGAUGACCUGGUGUGGGCGCUCACCCUGGUGCUGCCCAGAGAGGCCCGUGCACCACUCAUGGACAACCUCAGGAUCUUCAUCCCCAAGAAGCACCGGGCGCGCUUCGACGAGGUGGUGUCGCAGGGUCUGCUGGGCAAGCUGUGCCGCGCCCGGCGGGCGCAGGGAGCGCAGCGGCUGCGCCGGAGCCGCAGCGAGGAGCGGCCCGAGCGCCUCCUGGUGUCCACUCGCGCCAGCGCCGCCCCGCGCCGCCCGGACGAGCCGCCCCCGCGCAAGGCUUCCUCGCUGCUGGGCGGUCGCGCGGGCCCGGGGGGCACGCGCAGGACAGUCCGAGUCUACAAGGGCAACAAGAGCUUCGGCUUCACGCUGCGCGGCCAUGGGCCUGUCUGGAUCGAGUCUGUCCUGCCUGGGAGCCCGGCUGACAAUGCAUCCCUCAAGUCAGGUGACCGGAUCCUCUUCCUCAAUGGACUGGACAUGAGGAACUGCUCCCAUGACAAGGUGGUGUCCAUGCUUCAAGGCAGUGGCGCGGUGCCCACGCUGGUGGUGGAGGAGGGGCUUGUCCCGUUUGCCAGCGACUCCGAUUCUUUGGAUUCCCCCAACCCGUCCUCGGCGCUCACCUCCCUGCAGUGGGUGGCAGAGAUCCUACCCUCCAGCAUCCGGGUUCAGGGGAGGACUUUCAGCCAGCAGCUGGAGCACCUACUCACGCCUCCCGAGCGCUAUGGGGUCUGCCGGGCACUUGAGAGCUUCUUCCAGCACAGGAACAUUGACACCCUCAUCGUGGACGUCUACCCUGUGCUGGACACACCUGCCAAGCAAGUCCUUUGGCAGUUCAUCCACCAGCUGCUGACUUACGAGGAGCAGGAGCUGUGCCGGGAGAAAAUCGCGUGUUUCCUGGGCUACACGGCCGUGACAGCAGAGCCAGAGCCCGAGCUGGACCUGGAGCCUGAGCCCGAGCCUGAGCCCGAGCCGGUGCUGGAGCCCCAGCGACGCAGCUCCCUGAGGGCCUCCUCCAUGUGCCGCCGCAGUCUCCGGUCCCAGGGCCUGGAGGCCAGCCUCAGUUGCGCAGGUCCCGGUGACUGUCCCGAGAUGCCUCUUCCUCUAAUCCCAGGCGAGCGCCAGGCAGGCGACGGCACGUCCCUCCCUGAGACCCCCAAUCCGAAGAUGAUGUCAGCCGUCUAUGCGGAGCUCGAGUCCCGACUGAGCAGCAGUUUCAAAGGGAAGGUGGGGACCACGUCCAGAUCCCGUGCCUCCCCGCCAGUGCCCAGCCCGGCAGGUGCAGCAGGGCCCAGGACCCUGUCCAGCGUCUCGUGGCCCAGCGAGCGGCUCCUGCCCUCCCCCUGCUACUACCCACUGUGCUCAGGGGGCCUGGCCUCCCCCAGCAGCUCUGAGUCUCACCCCUACGCCAGCCUGGACAGCAGCAGGGCGCCCUCCCCACAGCCAGACCCCGGGCCCAUCCGCUCCGACAGCCCCCCAAGUCCGGACCCUGCCCGCCCACCCAGCCGCAGGAAGCUCUUCACCUUCUCCCGCCCCAUGCGCAGCCGGGAUACUGACCGCUUCCUGGAUGUGCUCAGUGAGCAGCUGGGCCCCCGGGUCACUGUCGUGGAUGAUUUCCUGAGCCCUGAGAAUGACUAUGAGGAGGCUAUCCCACCCCCUGCCCCAGGCUAUCCCACUCUCCCUCACCUUGCUCCGCCCUGGCAGAUGAGCUUCCACGAUGACCAGGGCAGCUUUGUGACCAACGAACGGAGCAGCGCUAGCGAGUGCAUCAGCAGCAGUGAGGAAGGCAGCUCCCUGACCUACUCCUCCGUCUCCGACCACAUCCCCCCCCCCCCGCUCAGCCCCCCGCCUCCGCCACCUCUGCCCUUCCAUGACCCUAAGCCCAGCUCCCGCAUCCCCGAUGGUCCUCGGGGCCCUGCUCAGACAAUGGUCAAGCCCCUCACCCAACUCAGCCACCCAGUCCCUCCACCGCCCCCGCCACCCCUGCCCCCACCGGUGCCCUGUGCACCCCCCAUGCUGUCCCGGGGCCUGGGCCACCGCCGAAGUGAGACCAGCCACAUGAGCGUCAAGCGCCUACGGUGGGAGCAGGUGGAGAACUCGGAAGGCACCAUCUGGGGUCAGCUCGGGGAAGAUUCUGAUUAUGAUAAGCUGAGUGAUAUGGUAAAAUACCUCGAUCUGGAGCUCCACUUCGGCACCCAGAAACCUGCUAGUGGUUGCAGGAUGGAAGACAAAGGCCUUUGUCCAUCCAGGAAGCAUCUUCAAGAGCCGUUGCCCGGGCCCGAACCCUUCAGGAAGAAAGAAGUGGUGGAGAUCCUGUCUCACAAGAAGGCCUACAACACCUCCAUCCUGCUGGCGCACCUGAAGCUGAGCCCCGCGGAGCUGCGGCAGGUGCUCAUGAGCAUGGAGCCCCGGCGCCUGGAGCCCGCACACCUGGCGCAGCUGCUGCUCUUCGCGCCCGACGCCGACGAGGAGCAGCGCUACCAGGCCUUCCGCGAGGCGCCCGGCCGCCUCAGCGAGCCCGAUCAGUUCGUCCUGCAGAUGCUGUCGGUUCCGGAAUACAAAACCCGCUUGCGCAGUCUCCACUUCCAGGCCACCCUACAGGAGAAGACAGAAGAGAUCCGGGGCAGCCUGGAGUGCUUGCGCCAAGCCUCCCUUGAGCUCAAGAACAGCCGGAAGCUCGCCAAGAUCCUGGAGUUUGUGUUGGCCAUGGGCAACUAUCUCAACGAUGGACAGCCCAAAACUAACAAGACCACGGGCUUCAAGAUCAACUUCCUGACGGAGCUGAACUCCACGAAGACUGUGGAUGGGAAAUCUACCUUCCUGCACAUUCUUGCCAAAUCGCUGAGCCAGCACUUCCCAGAACUCCUUGGCUUUGCUCAGGACCUGCCCACUGUGCCCCUGGCUGCCAAAGUGAAUCAACGGGCCCUGACCAGUGACCUAGCUGACCUCCAUGGCACCAUCAGUGAGAUACAGGCUGCUUGCCAGAGCACGCCCCCCUCCAGUGAGGACAAGUUUGCUGUGGUCAUGACAUCCUUCCUAGAGACGGCCCAGCCGGUGCUGCGGGCCCUGGACGCGCUCCAGCGGGAGGCCACCGAGGAGCUGGGCAGGGCGCUGGCCUUCUUCGGUGAGGAUUCCAAAGCCACCACCUCUGAGGCCUUCUUCGGCAUCUUUGCAGAGUUCAUGAGCAAGUUUGAGCGAGCACUCAGUGACUUGGAAGCUGGGGACGGCCCACGCAGCUCAGGGAUGGUUUCGCCCCUGGCCUGGUGACCUCCGGAGCUCAUCUUGCCCAAGGCCCAGCCCAGUGGCCUGGAGCAGCCCCGAGUGGCCUGGGUGCGGGAGGUGGGGCCCGGCCUCCCCGCAUCUCCAGCUACCUCAGCUGUCGGGCUCUGGGUGCCGGGAAGGUUCAGGGUCAUCCAGGCUUCCCUCUGUGGGACUCGGCCCCCGCUCCAAACAAGCACUGGGACAUGGGGCAGAGCGGAGGCGCCAACUCCCCGAGGAGCGUGAAACAUGGCUGCCCGCAGGCGUGCUCAUAAUGGGGGGCCUGGCUUUGCCCCUCCUGGCUCCGAGGGGCCUUCGAAGCAGCCGCCGGCUGUACGCACCCUCAGGACUCUGGUCUGGUCCCGGGGAAGGGUUUGUGGGUGGGGGUGGGGGCCGUGACCAGCAAGUGGAUUGUGAGGUGGCCCCCAGUCUGGGGCAGUGUCUGCCAUCUGCCCCUCAGAGCUCGGCCAGAGCACACUCUGCCCCAAGCGAGGACGUCGGAACCUUCUUUCCAAGUCUGCUCCCAGUGGGCUGAAGGGACACCCUUGCAAAACACACACCCUGGACCCCAGAGAAGGUGACAGAUGCCCUUGAACAUGCCAUGCCAAAGGGCACGAUAGGCCUGUGGUCCCUCACCCAGCCCCGGCCUCCUGGGACCGCUCGGAAGAAGGCAGGGAGGAAAGACACCCCCAGGUGCAGGGACCUGGGAGCCUGGGUCUCGGAAGCCGGAAAAACUUCAGUUGGCUGCAGCCCAGCAGGGCAGGCAGGAGAGAUGCUGGGCAGGGAUAAGGGAGAGAACUGGCUUAGGAAGGCCUCGUCAGAGGGUAGAACGGAGGGUUUUUAUCCGGCAGACAAAUUUGAGUCCGGUUUGGAAGUGGCGAGUUUGAAGUGGGGCGUCUGAGAAGGGGAUGGCGUGGCCAAGGUGGGGGCGGGGAGGACAGAGAGCUGUUUCGGUUCUGGGUGAGCGGGAUUUGGUGGCCGAUUGCCUGGCUGGGUGGCAGUGACGUUCCCUGGAAGAGGUCACGUGAGCAGAGCAGGUGUAGCGGUGGACGACACAGUGGGACAUGCCGGGGCCCCCAGAGGCUGUUUCCCGUGUGUGCCUGGAGGCCCUCGUGAGGAUGGGAGGAGAGGAGACAGUUUCCUGGAUCCUAGGGACAGGGAUGCUGUGGGUGGGAAGAUGUGUUAACUUCUUUCAUCCUUUCGUUGCUCCAGUGGGCAGUUUCCGGCAUCAGGCAGAUUCCUCUUUCCUUAACUUUCUUCCAGAGAAGUCCGAAAUGCACUUUAAACCUGUCUCUUGGAUUCUUUUUCUCUCCCUACAACCAAAUGGCUAAUGUUGCUCUCGGAUGGGAUUUGGGACCCAUUCCGUUCCUCCCAGUCUCCCACAGACUGCUCUUUGAAGCCACGUAUGUUCUGUGCUUGUUCUCCACGCACAGCCACCGUGUAAAAAUGGCUAAAUCGAAGCGUGCAAUUCAGCGGGGGUAGGGAGAGAGGUUCGGAUGUGCCUAGUGGUGCACAUUGGUCCCCAGCAGCUCAAGCUAGAUAAUUCCAGGAAUUACCAAGGCCCAUGUCCCUGAGAAACAUGUCAGACACUUAAAAUCCCUGUGUGAGAUCCACAGACACGAUAGACUCCACCAGGCUGUAAGCAGACGUGAUCCCCAAAGUAAAUCCAGCCCCGUGCCGGGGGGCACGGGUUGGCAAGCCAAGCACUAGCUCUGUUUUCUCUCUAAAUGCCUUGUAUCGGGAACCUACUUUGCCACACAAUGCCGUGUAACAGACAGUCCCAAAUCUCAGUGGCUUAAAACAGCAGCCAUCUACUGCUCAUGAGUCUGCGGGUCACCUGGGCAGUUCUGACCUGAGCCGGGCUCAGUGGACUCACUCACGUGUGGACAGUCAUCUGUGAGUCAGCUAGACAGCUUUACUAGCCAUGCAGGGCUCCCUCCUGUGUCGGGGGCUGUGGCUGGGACAGCUGGGAUGGCUUCGCAUGGCCUCUCAUCCCCCAGCUAAAUAGCCAGGACCGUUCAUGUGGUGGAGGCAGGGGUCCAAGGGAACCAGAGUCACAGAAGGCCCCUUGAGGCCUAAGCUCAGAACUGCCACCCCACCACCCCGCGCAGUCUAUGUCAAGUGACAAAGGCCAGCCCACGUUCUAGGGAGGGAAAAUAGGCUCCACGCUUGACGAGAGAUGAUGCUAAGUCACGUUGCGGAGGGUGUGGAUUCAGGACAGGUGGAGAAGCAGGGCCAUUUUCUGAAUCAGUCUACCACCUGGCCGCUUGGCCUGACAUCUUGGUACAGAUCCCAGCCUCCUUAAAUCCUCACUGGCCUCGGUCCCGCCCGGACCCAGCACAGCUCUGGGUGGCCACCUCCUUAUGUCCUCCAGGUGGCAUGCGUCCUUCUCUCUCUCACCCAGUCACCUGACUCCACUCGGUCCAGGGGGCAGCAAUGGUCUGUGCCUGCCUAGCAACCAGUCUCCCUUCUGCUGGGAACAGCACCCUGUUUUUCCUUUGGGAAAUUAUCUCUUCCCUACUCACAGGCCCUGAGCAGUGCUGACUGCACAAGGAUGAUCCCGUGACUCUGGCUGGCUGACUUAGAGUCCAGUUAAGACUCGUGUUAGCACUGUUUGGGAAGGGAGCUCCCUCUUUUCUGGGUGAAUUGUUGGAUACAUAGAGGGUAGAAGCCCGGAGGGGGCUCUCAGGACCACCACACGGAGAACACCUGCCUGGGUAUGAGGCUAAUACAGGGAAGAAGAGGAGAGCAGACUACUCAAUACAUCUCUUUUGUCCCUGGAUCCAACCAUGCCUGAAGCAGACUUCUGGACUUGUCAGUUUCUGAGCCAACAAAUUCUCCCCCUCCAUUUGUAAACUUUUAGAAUUUAUUUUAAGUUUUUGGCUUAGGCUGGUUUGAAUGUGUUUCCGUCACUUGCAACACUAAGAGGGUUGAAUAAUACACCCAUCCACAGAUGGUUAUAGAUGUUCAGUCUUUUACCAUUCUCAGCAAGAGCUCUUCAUUCAUAAAUGCAUUCGCCAAUACUUUUUGACUGCCUACUAUGUGCCAGACACCAUGCUGAGUGCAAACAUCUUUAUGGGUCAGCCUCUCCGAGUUUGGUUUUCUGGGGUUAUACUUCAUGGUGAUUCUACACCCGAGUCAGUACAAAGCCCUAUAUGUGAGCCAAUAUGUGCGCCAUACCCAGGGGGGGGGGGGGCGGGGCCCCGCCAACUCCUUACCUAGUGUCAAGAUGUGAAUGCAAGCAUUUAUACCCCAGGAAUUUAUUUAUUUCUCAAUAAUACUAACCAAAUAACAUAGCCUAAUUACAUGCCACCUUUCCUAAUAAAUGUUUAUAGGUAGUGUGCCCAACGUUUUACACAUUUCAGCUCAUUUUAAGUUCACAAUGACCCUCCUAGGUGGGUUUUGUGAUCUCCUUUUUACAAAUAAAAAGUGAAACUCA